CAAUGGCCUCCUCCUUCAAUGGCAGCGGUGUCCUCUUCGUGGUCUCCGCCCUCCUCCUCUUUGGCACAACUCAGGUCACCCCCAUGGACUAUCUGCUCCCCAUAUGCAAGACCGUCGGCGGCGGGAGCACCUUCGUCGGCAUCCAGUUCUGCAUGGACACCUUCCACUCCGAUCCCCGGACCGCACACGGCGCGACGUACCAAGAUCUCGCCGCCAUCGCAGUCGACCUCCUGACGGCCAACGCCACCAGCACCAAGGCCAAGAUCGGCGGCCUCCUCGACGGCAAGACGGCGGACGCCGCCACCGCGCAGGCCCUCAGAUCGUGCCAAGUUCUUUACGACGGCAUAUUGCAGCGGCAGCCUGGCAGCGCCGCCGCGGUCAAGGGCGGCAAGUUCAGCGAGGCAAUCUCGUCCCUGGAGAAAUCGGCGGCCGCGGCCAAGGAGUGCGAGGAUGGAUUCAGCAAGAGCCAUGUGGCGUCGCCGGUGACAGUGGAGAACAGCAACGCUUUCCAGCUCGCCAAGCUCGCCGUCGGCUUACUCUACUCGUAGAUGCUACGUACUUUUUUUUUUUGUGUGUGUGUAGCGAAAAUAUAUAUUCGAAUUCUUCCUCGAAUAAGAUGGAUAA